AUGAAGCAAUUUUUGGGCGUCGCGGCAGUGCUGUUCCUAUGGCUUUUGGGUGCACGGGGAGCCAAGGUGCGCUCAUUGGAAGCCCUCGUCGGAGAGGCGCUGCAGCAGUCCUUUCACAGGAAUGCCGGCCAGAAGAGCUUCCGUCUGUCGGAGCAGGAGAUCGAAUACAUGCUCGGCCAAUCCCGCGAGGGCGGCAACGGGCAGAGCCGCCUCGAAGUCCGGCGCGUGCGUCGCAAGGACCCCUUCACCGGCGAAGAGUUCGAUGACGUCUUUGUCAACGAGACCUGGACUGACCCAGACGAGGAGGGCAGGAGCAUUUGCCAAGAAGAGGGAGAUGGCAACUUCACUGCUUCUACUGAGCUGGUCCAGACUGCUCAAAAGCUGCUGGACUCGGAGUAUGGGGCAUUGGUGUCCACCGCCAUAGCUGCGUACGUCAGCCUGGCGGAAUACUUCGGCCAGCAGCUUUACCACUUGGAGGCCAAAGUCGGCUCGCCGGAACCGAUCGAAGAUCCUGGUGGACAGGUCCUUGUGGACCUUUCAGAGGAGUGGAACGUGGAGCUGAACAGACUGCUGACGGCUCAGGGUGGAGCUGCCUGCCAGAACACCCCGGAGAUGCUGCUGUUUUGCAUGAAGCAGACGACAUGCCUCCUCGAGGAUGCAGUGGCCUCCGACCCGCAGGUGUUCACAGCCGGCCGCAUGGCCACCUACCUAGAAGUGGAGAAGGAAGUGCAUGACCACUACGAAGAGUUUGCCAUCCUGGCAAAGCUGGGCCUUCCCCACAUGCCGCCGCUUUGCAGUGGCGAGCAGGAGAUUGAACGGGAGGGGGCUCCGACCCCAGGCGCGCUGUUACAGCUCAAAGCCGAGGUGGAGGAAGCUUCUGGGACUUCGGCACGCCGUAGCGAGGCUGUGGCGGCUGUGGUGCAGUUGCACCGAGCAGCACAACGCACGGAGCUGGCAUUGAAGGACAACUUAGGAACGUGCGAGAUGAUCGGCUGCAACGUGGAGUCGUUUACUGACAUCCUGGACGCCUCCAUCGGUCAUACUGCCGAGUUGGUGGAUGUGCAGGCUUCCUGGCAUGCGUUGAAGACGCAUCACCGCUCCUUCCGGCAGCUGCAAACUUCAGUCUUUGGCGCCAUGAAGGGCAGCGCCGCUUUCCACGAGAGCUUUGCCAGCUUUAUUUACCUGCCGGGCAAGUCCAAGGGCCAGCGACGGACAGACCCCAUGUUCAAGGAGGCCAGCGACGUGCUUUCCACAGCUCUUGCCCUCAAGCAGAGCAACAACGAGGAUGGCAAACCUAUCGCCAAGAGCGGCUGGUGGUGCUGGAGCUGGCGAGUCACCGCCACCGGGGGCUAUGCCAAGAAGUUUCCGGAUAAGACAUCCACAUGGGGUGUCGCCACUGGCUUCAAGCUGAUGUCGGGCUCGACCGUGGACUUGGCAACGCUAAUGAGCCAGAAUGAGCCGGGCGUCAAGUUCAAGACUUCUGUUGGCCUUACCAUCGGGUAUGUGCCGGACAUGCCGGGGGUUGCAGGAGUCCGUGCCGGUGUUUCCGUGGGGGGAGUUCUCUCGCUGGGACCUGGUAAAAUCGAGAUCAAGAUCACCCUUGGCCUGGGCAUGUCUGCAGCGGUGGAUGCCAAGUGGACCAACAAUAUGCUCUGCGGUGGGCCCGAGGUGAUUGGCGUCCCUCCCUGGGACUUCAAGUGCCGCGGCAGUGUAGCGGCUGCGUUUACUUUGUUCUGCAAGAAGCUGAACUUCUUGGAUGGCAGCAACGGUGCUACAAUGGAUGAUCCCUGCUCCACUUGGAACAAAUAUUACGAGCAGAACAACGGAGAUUCAGACAUGCCCGGCCAAAAGAGGUCAUCGGAGGAGAAUGCAGCCGCGUGCAGAGAGCGCUGCAACAGCGUACGCCACUGCCAGCACUACUCCUUCUGGAAGGACGGGGGCUGCCACCUCCAAGACUGGGACUCGCAGAGGAAAUGGAAGAAGGACUCCGGCAUCAUGACAGGACCUCCUGUUUGCUGCGCCAGCCCCUCCACCUCAAUCGUCAGCGACAUGUCGGGGCAGGGAAGGACGGCCGAAGCAGAGUACAUGGGCUGCUGGAAUCGUUGCAAAUCCGUGAAAGGCUGCCGGUAUUUCACCUACUAUGGGAAGGACGGCGGCUGUCAUCUCGGAGACCGGAACGUGGGCAUCGACCACAACAGCGGCCAGGGCGGCAGAAUCGUCACUUCCGACGCAUAUUGCAUGGACGACACCUUGAAGCAGCACAACGUGGUCGGUUUGUUCAACAAGGAGCACAAACGGUUCAUCCGUGUGACCGGCGACCAGAACGUCGAUGCCAGCGGUGUCCGUGACGAUGGGACGCUUCCGGAAGGUUGGAACUGGGAGAAGUUCACCGUUGUGGAGACCAAUUGGGGACAGGUCGGCUUCUACAGUACCCAUGUGAAGCGGUUCUUGAUGAUGAAGGACGACGGUUCCAUGGGAGUCAGCGAGGAGAGGGAGGUCGACCAGCUCUGGGACGGAGACACGUGGAUGAUGUUCCGACCAGUGGAGGCUGGCGAUGGAUACUUCGCUUUCCACAACGAAGCGCACAACCGCUACAUUCGGAUGAAGUCCCAGAGUGUGGUUAAGGCAAGCAACACAAAGGGUCGUGACGACCUUCCCGACUCGUGGAGUCAGGAGCGCUACAAAAUUGUGGAUGUCUGA